ACUCAAAAUGGCGGCAGCACAACAGUAUUGCCUUCGUUGGAAUAACCACCGUACAAACUUCAUAAACGUCUUCGAGGAACUUCUCCGAAGCGAAAUCUUCACCGAUGUCACCCUUGCUUGCGAAGGGGGAGUAACCAUCAAGUGCCACAAAGUAGUGUUGGCCGCUUGUUCCUCCUAUUUCCAGACACUUUUCACUGAUGCACCGAGCAAGGACCCUAUAGUAAUAAUCAAAGAUGUCAAGCACUCUGAACUCAGUACAAUACUAGAAUACAUGUACAGAGGGGAGGUGAACGUGGCUCAAGAACAGCUGGCUGCGCUUCUCAAGGUAGCCGAGUAUCUCGAAGUCAAGGGGCUGGUAGAAGAGAACAGGUCGAACAGAGAUAGGGAUAGAUGUCUCGAGAAAGAGGAGCAUCCGAUGGAGCACUCCCCAUCCAUCACAACUUCCAACCCCACCAUGUCAAAUCCAGUUCACAGCAGCAAUAAUUCCUCUCCUCAUCACUUAUCUUAUAGAAAUCAUUACAACUCAUAUGCCACCAAGCCCCAAGAAUCCCGAAUGAACCUCCCAAUUUGGGCUGGUUUACCUCUACCCCCUCAUCCUGCCUCUGUACCUAACCCCAGCCCGACUACUUCAUCGAUGCUCAGCGGGUGUUACGAUAGUGCUUCUUCAGACAUGUCCCCACUGAAAAGAAAGAAGCUGUCCAGUUUGUUGAUGAACAGAGAUACCCCUAUUCUGAGAACAGUCUUGGGCCAAGCUCAGGCUGACUCAUCUCAACCAGUCAGCUUGGUGUGUCAUCCAGAAAACGAGGAUCGUUUGAACGGAAACGACGACAGGCUAAUGAAGCAUAUCAAAAAUGAACCUUCCGAAGACGCUCAAUCGCCUUACACCAAUUUCACCCCUAUGAACCACGAAGAGGACCAAUCCAAACUGGCCAUUCCGUCUACCUCACCGCAAACUUUCAGUCAUGAAAUGAGAGGUGUAUCAUCAGGCAUUGCUACCUACGUUCCAUCUCAAAAGCCUGAAUGGAAACGGUACAAACAGUACACCAGAAACGAUAUCAUGGCAGCCAUAGAAGCAGUUAAAAACGGCAUGUCCGCCUUACAAGCGGCCAAAAGUUUCAAGGUGCCAUCUAGGACCUUAUACGACAAAGUGAAAAAGUUGGGAAUCACAACCAGUAGGCCGUUUAAGAGAGGUACGAAUGGAAGUUCAAAUUGUUUUCCUUACAAUUCUGCUUCUUCCUACGGCGGUCACCUUACAAAAACCGACGAAGGAUCAAUGAACAACAACUCAGCGAUGAUGGAAGCCAGUUCUUUUCUCCAGCAUGCUCUUGAUAGCAGAGGAGGUGAUGAACGCGAAGCACUAGCUGCCAUGGCGGCAGCUGCAGCUGCGGCCCAUGCAGUAGCCUCUGGCCACUCAACUAGCCCCAACAACCAAGGGCGCGCUAGAAGCCCCAGCCCGAGCCCUACUAUGCUCAAAUACAUGCGACACAACAGUUUGACCCCAUCCCCUGCACCUGGAAGCGACCACCACAAUUCGCAUAGCGAAACCAAUGGCAGCUCAGAAAGAGAUCACGAGGAUGACGAAGACCAAGUAGAGGACCUUUCCAUAAACCGGAAGGAGUCCAGAGAAUCCACCAGGGUCAUUAUGCCUCCGAUGAACCAGAUUUCAGCAAUCAUGAAAAAAGAGGAACUUUUGAUCGACAGCAUCAAAGCGGAGGCCAGGAGAAUGAACCUCGAGUGUGAAGGCGAAUAAAUCUGUAAAUAAUAUGGACUCGCUGAGAAAGUUUUAAACCGGUGUUAAGUUUUAUGAUAUAUAGUUUAUGUAUGCAACUACGGAUUGACUGAUGUUCAGUGCAAUAUAUCUAAAAUAACUGUGGUUGUCCACCCGUACUCACCCUUAAUUAUUAAGUUGUUUUAGAUAGAGGGAGGUGAGCUCGAGGUACUAAGCUAUACGUUAUGGUUUGUCCCAAAUGAGCAGUCUUCAUCAAUAUGUCUUACAUAGUUUCUUGAAACACUUUGACUCAUUUCAGAAGUGUGCCAUGAGACAAAUUAAACUUUUUUCAUCUUCGUACCGAGGCUCACUAACCAAUAGAUUUUUAGAAGUAAACCGAGUGCCUACAAUAUCACGUGCAAUGAGACCAGCUCAUAUUUUUGCUACAAGUUCCUGAGUAGGAGCCCAACUCAUAAGACUGAUAGAUUUUACUACUUUUUUAUAUGAGACUGAUGAAAAAGAGCAAGAAGAAUGGUCCCAUGCUAGAUAAUUAUACAGAAUGUUCUGUUUUGAAUUUUUAUUGGGAAAAUUCUAUUCAAAACAUUCCGUAUAAGCAGGUAUUUGUUUAUCUUCAGGAUGUAAAUACUUCUAUGGAUUGCUGAGGAGCAUUAAGCCUUAUCAAGAGGCAGAUACAUGAUUGCAUUAAUCAAAAUUGGUUCAAUUUCAAAUAUUUUCGACAUUUUUUUUAUAUACCUAUAUUGGGAUGUCUUUUGCAUAGAAAAUCGAAGUUAGCAAAGCUGAUGAAUCGGUAGUUUGGCGCUGUUGAACCUGUCUUGAUUGAAUGCAAUUCAUGUAAUGCCAGACCUCUAUAAAGGAGAACUGUUAAAGAAUAAAAGAGAUAAGUUCAAUGUGAUUAUUAUGACAUUUAUGUGGUUUUGGGGAUUUUAGGAAUGUAUUUUAUUGCAAAUAAUAGAAUAGGUAAAAAUUGUAAGAUAUAAUCUGGCUCAAAUUUUCAGCCAUCGGGUAUUUCAUAGACUCAACAGAGAGCUGUUUUUAUGUCAGAGUGUUUUUAUCGCACUGUUUUCAAAUUUGGAUCAAGUUUUACAGUUCAUAGAAUGUUGGUUAAAGUGAAUACUGCCUUGGUUGGCAACAAUGGAUUGUUCAGCUAUGAAGGCCAUUUCAAUAUAUUCAUUUAUUCCCAUUUCAAGUUCCUGUCAGCCGAUAAAAGUGUGAGUGUUCACUAAACCACCAUAUAUCACAGUGCUUAUCGCACGUUGCCAUAUGUCUUAUACGAGCGGCCAUUUUUAGCCAUAGCUGUGAUUUUCUAGACUGAAAUACACGAUUGUUAUCACAGACCAAUAUUCACCAAGUUUGUAGACUGACUGAGAGGUCUAGUCUAUAAAAAUCAUGCAGCUCAUUACAUACUAACCAAAAGUGCAAUUUUUGAUGUUGCCACCACGUUGAAGUGUUAUUUAUUUACUAUUUUUGAUUGUUAACAAGACUGAGACUUUGAUUUUUAUUCCCACUUGUCGAAGGACUGAAUUGAUAUUUGCCUUCAUUUUUAAUUUCCAUUGAAACUUCGUAGAAACAUUUUUGGAAAAUUAACAUCUCUGUUAUGCUAAUCUCACCCUUAAACUCUUCAUGCUUCAAUUAAUUUUUCAAUCAGUCUAUCGAAAAGUGGAACACAACUAAAUAAAGGACCAAUCGAGUAAGUAAUGUGCCUUUAAUAGCGGAACACACUUUUUUGAACAUUCCAUUAGGUUUUAUAUUUGUCACAAUUUUUUCAAAAUUAUCAAAUAAAUUAUUUAACCACCCUGUCUCAUUCAUAUGUUGUGUUAAGAAAUCUAUGCCAUUUGAUUUAAGACUGAUUAUUUGUUUGUUUAUUGUUAUGCAAGUAUUUUUAGAAUUUUGUUGAGUGGGGUCGUCUAAAAACGAAUUUUUCUCAGUUAUUGAAUAGUAACAUUUCGAAUGCGUUUUUGGAUUAUCCUAAAUCUACCUAAUUUAAGAUCUCUUACUUACCUACAUAAACCCAAAGUGCUGAUGAACUACCUCAACUUCAUUUUUAUUUUAACAAACUGUAUAUAUCUUUAAAAAUAUAUGUUUCUUAUAUAUAAUAUAUCUUACUACGUACCAUAUCAAGGCAUUAUCCUAUACUGUUUUUUAUUUUCUGCUAUAUACACAACCGUACU